AUGGCUGCCAAGAAUCACCAGAGACCGCCAUUCCGCGCCGAGCACAUGGGCUCGCUUCUGCGACCGAAGGCCCUUACGGAGAAGCGCAUCGCUCUUGACGAGAAGAAAGCUGUGGAGAUUGCCGGCGAUGAGGAGCUGAACCGUCUGGAAGAGGAGGGCGUGCGCGAGAUUGUCAAGACACAGCUGGACCUCGGCUUCCACGCCAUCAACGAUGGCGAGUAUCGUCGCCACCAGUUCUGGGGCAACUUCUUCCCCGGACUCGAGGGUUUCGAGGAGGUUCCGGCCCCGAGUUGGGAUAUCUUCCGCAUGUACGUGCCAGACAUCGCGGCAUUCAUCGAGAGCGACCACAAGCCCGGCGAAUCUAUCCUCUGCACCGGCAAGAUCAAGCACAAGGGCAGCACCUACCUGAGAGAAUGGGAGUUCCUCAAGUCCCUCAUCCCGCCUGAGAGAGUCAAGGAGGCGAAGCUCACCCUGCCCGCGCCCGAGUGGUACCAUCUCCGAUACCAGAAGGGACAUGCGUACCCGAAAGACGUCUACGCAAACGACGAGGAGUACUUCGCCGACAUCGCCAAGGCCUACCGCACCGAGUUGGAAAUCCUCUACGAGCACGGCGUGCGCAACGUCACCAUCGACGACCCCAACCUCGCAUACUUCUGCUCGGAGAAGAUGUUACAGGGCUUCAAGGACGCAGGCGAGGACUCCGACGCCCUCCUGCAGUCCUACAUCAAGCUCUACAACGACUGCAUCGGCUCCCGGCCCGCCGACAUGCACCUGGGCAUCCACCUCUGCCGCGGCAACUUCGCCUACUCGCGGCACUUCUCCGAGGGCGGCUACGACCGCAUUGCGUCGCGCCUGUUCAGGGAGAUCAACGCCGACACGUACUUCCUCGAGUACGACACCGACCGCGCCGGCGGCUUCGAGCCCCUCAAGGAGCUGCCCGCGCACAAGAACGUCGUCCUGGGCGUCGUCACCUCCAAGUUCCCCGAGCUCGAGGACCUCGGCAAGACGAAGGAGCGCGUGUUGCAGGCGGCGGACUUCGUCGCGCAGGGCGCGGGCCAGACGCGCGAGCAGGCGUUGAAGAGGAUCGGGGUGAGUCCGCAGUGCGGGUUUGCCAGUCACCACCUGGGCAACUCGAUCACGCACGAGGAUAUGGUCAAGAAGCUGCGUCUGGUGAGGCAGCUUGCUGACUCCAUCUGGCCCGGCGAGCCUUGA